AUGCAGAACCAGACCCACACGAGUCAGCAGAACCAGAACCAUACGAGGGUCCCAGAUCAGAACGAUCCAGGGGUCAGCAUCAGGAAGCCGAUCAGAAAGAGCCACUACAAGAGUCUAGAACAAUUACAGGUGUAUCCGGAGCUGUCAGAUGCGUCUCAGGCCUGUCUCCCUCUGUCGUCCUUCUUCACCUGUUCGUCUGAUAACACCAUCAGACUGUGGCACACCGACCCCCCCACCGGACACAGAAACCUCUACAGCAACGACCUGCUGAGGAUUUUGUAUGUGGGGGAGAACACGCAGCACCUGCAGGCGGAGGGGGAGAGGGGGGAGGCAGCAGGGGCUGAUGGGAAGGCUGGGAUCAGAGUGCUGGGUAUCAGUCCUGAUGGACAACACCUGGCAGCCGGAGACCGCUGUGGAAACCUGCGUAUCUUCGGUCUGGAGUUUCUGGACGAGCUGGCAAAGAUUGAAGCUCAUGACUCGGAGGUGUUGUGUCUGGUGUUCUCCCCGGCAUCCACAGGUGUGAAGCUGUUGGCGUCGGCCAGCAGAGAUCGAUUAAUCCACAUCUUCAACCUGGAGAAGAACUACAGUCUGGAACAGACGCUGAACGACCACUCGGCCUCCAUCACUGCCGUCAAGUUCACAGGUGAGAGUCCAGAGGUUCGGAUGGUGAGCUGUGGAGCGGACAAAAGCAUCUACUUCCAGACAGCUGAACAGACGGCGGAGGGUUUGUCGUUCUCCAGGAGUCACCACGUGGUGGAGAAGACGACGCUGUACGACAUGGACCUGGACUCAUCGAGGACGCACGUCGCCAUCGCCUGUCAGGACCGAAACGUCAGGGUCUACAAUGUGGAAACUGGGAAGCUGAAGAAGUGUUUGAAAGGCUCGUCCAGUGAUGAAGGAGCUCUGCUGAAGGUUCACAUGGAUCCGUCGGGGUCGUUCUUCGCCACCAGCUGCUCCGACAAAAACAUCACCAUCUUCGACUACGAGUCAGGAGAGUGUGUCGCCACCCUGUUCGGACACUCUGAGAUCGUCACCUGUAUGAGGUUCAGUCAGGACUGCAGACACCUCAUCACUGUGUCAGGAGACAGUUGUGUGUUCGUGUGGAGGUUGGACUCUCAGAUGACCAGCACCAUGAGGAAGAGGCGGGGCCUCAAACUGGCUGCCGCGCCUGUAACCUGCAGCCAAAAACCGCAGAACAUCAGGAGAGAAACCUUCAUCACUGUUCCCUCCUCUCAGCUGCCUCUGAUGGAAGAAGAGGAGGAAGAGGCUGACCUCAGGACUCCAGCUAGACUGGACACUGUUCAAGGUCCUCCGCUGCUUCAGACCAACGGAAAACUGCCCAUGUGGUUCAGAAAGCUGCAGGGUCAGGGCGAAGCCGCCUCCGCCGCCGUCCAGUCAGACGCCGAGCCUCGUCCGGUCAGGAGUCGGUGGGGAGAGCAGCUGGACCCUCUGAUCAUCUGCGCCAGCUUCUCCCCGAGUCAGAUAGAGGAGGAAGAGGAGGAGGAGGAAGACUUCCACCCUCAGAGUCUGGAGAGUCUGCUGGGAGAGGAGUUGGAGGAUGAGGAGGACGGAGAGGAGGAGAAAGAGGAGAAGGAGGUGCCGCAGAAUCCAGGUGAGAACAGGAGCAGCUACAUCCUCUACCCCAACACCAACACCACCACCGACAGGGAGUUUGACGUUGAGGGUGUGACUGACCCUCGGCGGUCUCUGACCCAGCUGGAGGUCAAAGGUCAGGGGACGGAGCCAGUGUGGAGCACUCAGAUGAGUCCGGACUCCGCCUGCUCCGAAGGAUCCGCAGGAAGUCUGGAGCAGCAGCAUGACCCCGACACAGAUUCUCUCAGUCAGGGCAGCUCGGUGGGCAGUUUGUGUCUGGAGGACGACGAGGACAGAAACUCUCUGAAGAAUCACUUUGACACUCUGGCCUCGAGUCUGAACGACGAGAAGUUUGAAACAGACCUGAAGACGCUGCAGACUCCGGAGGAGAAACACUUCCUGAAUCCUCGACUCAGCAUCUCCACCCGCUUCCUGUCCCGAUUCCAGGACAGAAUCAAGGCGUGGCCGUGCCGAGCGCCGCCGCCUCCUGUCUCAAUCCCGAACAGGAUCUCAGAGGAGAGCAACAUCAGCAACACAUCGGUACAAACACACCUGAGCAGAAUGAUUUAUGUGAUAACAUGAACUUUUUGAAUUUUG